GGGUGCUGGUGGUUCCUUUCACUUCGGAUGGGAAUUCACCUAGUAUCGACUUUGAUGACAGUGAAGACAUGAAAGAGAUCCCUGCAAAAAGAAAGAGGCUUUGGCUGCUGACCCCAGUUUAUGUUUCCGAGUGGACUGAGUGGUUGAAAGAAGAAAAGAGAUUGGCUGGUGUUUCCCCUGAAUCUCCUGUCUAUCUAUCUCUGCGCUUGGAUGGUCGUGUGCGUGGACGUGGAGUUGGUUACCCUCCUUGGAAUGCUUUUGUCGCUCAGUUGCCACCGGUAAAGGGACUAUGGUCAGGUCUUCUUGAUGGAAUGGAUGGAAGAGUUCUUUGAAAGGAAGGUCAUAUUAUCCAAAUUAAUCUCUUUCCUUAAACGAUUCAUGUCUGAAAAUCCGGCACAUCUCCAAUAAUAUGU